AUGGGGCCGGGGGCCCGGGGCCGCCGCGGCCGCCCGAUGUCUUCGCCGCUGCCGCCGGUGCGGGCGCUGCCCCUGCUGCUGCUGCCGCUGCUGCUGGGGGGGCCGGGGGCUGCAGCUCCCCCUUGCCUGGAUGGAAACCCGUGUGUGAAUGGGGGUCGCUGCACCCAGCUGCCCACCCGGGAGGCUGCCUGCUUGUGCCCUCCAGGUUGGGUGGGUGACCGGUGCCAGCUAGAAGACCCCUGCCACUCGGGCCCCUGUGCUGGCCGUGGCGUCUGCCAGAGCUCGGUGGUGGCGGGCUCUGCCCAGUUCUCCUGCCGCUGCCCCCGGGGCUUCCGAGGUCCCGACUGCUCCCUGCCAGACCCCUGCCUCAGCAGCCCCUGUGCCCACGGGGCCCGCUGCUCAGUGGCACCCGAUGGCCGCUACCUCUGCGCCUGCCCACCGGGCUACCAGGGCCGCAGCUGCCGCAGCGACGUGGACGAGUGCCGGGCGGGUGGCGUGGCUGGGCCCUGCCGCCACGGGGGCACGUGCCUCAACACACCUGGCUCCUUCCACUGCCAGUGCCCAGCUGGCUACACAGGGCCGCUGUGCGAUGACGCGGCUGUGCCCUGCGCCCCCUCACCGUGCCGCAACGGGGGCACCUGCAGCCAGAGUGGUGACCUCACCUACGAUUGCACCUGCCUCUCCGGGUUCCAGGGCCACAACUGUGAGAUCAACGUGGACGACUGCCCAGGGCACCGAUGUCUAAACGGGGGCACCUGUGUAGAUGGCGUCAACACUUACAACUGCCAGUGCCCUCCCGAGUGGACAGGCCAGUUCUGCACGGAGGAUGUGGACGAGUGUCAGCUGCAGCCCAAUGCCUGCCACAAUGGCGGCACCUGCUUCAACACAUUGGGCGGCCACAGCUGCGUGUGCGUCAAUGGCUGGACGGGUGAGAGCUGCAGUCAGAACAUCGACGACUGCGCCACUGCCGUGUGCUUCCACGGGGCCACCUGCCACGACCGCGUGGCCUCCUUCUACUGCGCCUGCCCCAUGGGCAAGACUGGGCUUCUGUGUCAUCUGGACGACGCCUGCGUCAGCAACCCCUGCCACGAGGACGCCAUCUGCGACACGAACCCCGUCAACGGCCGGGCGAUCUGCACCUGCCCCCCGGGCUUCACGGGCGGGGCGUGUGACCAGGACGUGGACGAGUGCUCCAUCGGCGCCAACCCCUGCGAGCACAUGGGCCGCUGCAUGAACACGCAGGGCUCGUUCCUGUGCCAGUGUGGCCGCGGCUACACCGGCCCGCGCUGCGAGACCGACGUCAAUGAGUGCCUGUCGGGGCCCUGCCGCAACCAGGCCACGUGCCUCGACCGCAUUGGCCAGUUCACCUGCAUCUGCAUGGCAGGCUUCACGGGCACCUUUUGCGAGGUGGACAUUGACGAGUGUCAGAGCAGUCCGUGCGUCAACGGCGGGGUCUGCAAGGACCGAGUCAACGGCUUCAGCUGCACCUGCCCCUCAGGCUUCAGCGGGGCCACGUGUCAGCUGGAUGUGGACGAGUGUGCAAGCACGCCCUGCAGAAACGGCGCCAAGUGCGUGGACCAGCCCGACGGCUACGAGUGUCGCUGCGCGGAGGGCUUCGAGGGCGCGCUGUGCGACCGCAACAUCGACGACUGCUCGCCCGACCCGUGUCACCAUGGGCGCUGCGUGGACCGCAUCGCCAGCUUCUGGUGUGCCUGCGCCCCGGGCUACACCGGCACGCGCUGCGAGAGCCAGGUGGACGAGUGUCGCAGCCAGCCUUGCCGCCACGGGGGCAAGUGCCUCGACCUGGUGGACAAAUACCUCUGCCGCUGCCCUCCCGGCACCACAGGCGUGAACUGUGAGGUCAACAUCGACGACUGUGCCAGCGACCCCUGCGUCUUUGGGGUCUGCCGUGACGGCCUCAACCGCUACGACUGCGUCUGCCAACCUGGCUUCACAGGGCCCCUGUGCAACGUGGAGAUCAAUGAGUGUGCGUCCAGCCCGUGCAGCGAGGCAGGCACCUGCCAGGAUGGGGAAAACGGCUUCCGCUGCCUCUGCCCGCCCGGCUCCCUGCCCCCGCUGUGCCUGCCACCCAGCCACCCCUGUGCCCAGGAACCCUGCAGUCACGGCAUCUGCCAUGAUGCCCCUGGCGGGUUCCGCUGUGUCUGUGAGCCUGGCUGGAGUGGUCCACGCUGCGGACAGAGUCUCGCCCGGGAUGCCUGUGACUCCCAGCCCUGCCGGGCAGGUGGCACCUGUACCAGCGAUGGAGCCAGCUUCCGCUGCACCUGUCCCCCCGGUGUCCAGGGCCGCCAGUGUGAACUGCUGACCCCCUGCACCCCGAACCCCUGUGAACAUGGGGGCCACUGCGAGUCUGCCCCGGGCCAGCCAGCUGUCUGCUCCUGUCCCCCCGGCUGGCAAGGUCCACGGUGCCAGCAGGAUGUGGAUGAGUGUGUCGGCCCUUCUCCCUGCGGCCCGCAUGGGACCUGCACCAACCUGGCUGGGAGUUUUAGCUGCACCUGCCAUGGGGGGUUUGGUGGCCCUUCCUGUGAUGAGAAUAUUGAUGAUUGCAACCCCAACCCCUGCCUGAACGGGGGCUCCUGCCAGGACGGCGUGGGGUCCUUCUCCUGCUCCUGCCUCCCCGGCUUUGCUGGCCAGCGCUGUGCCCGCGACGUGGACGAGUGUCUGAGCAGCCCCUGCGGCCUGGGGACCUGCAGCGACCACGUGGCCUCCUUCAGCUGCACCUGCCCGCCUGGCUAUGGGGGCUCCCAGUGCCAGCGGGACCUGCCCGACUGCAGCCCCAGCUCUUGUUUCAACGGCGGCACCUGCGUGGAUGGCGUGAACUCCUUUAGCUGCCUCUGCAGGCCGGGCUACACCGGCGCCCACUGCCAACACGAGGCCGACCCCUGCCUCUCGCGGCCCUGUCUGCACGGGGGUGUCUGCAGCCCCACCCACCCCGGCUUCCGCUGCGCCUGCCCGGAGGGCUUCACUGGUACCCAGUGCCAGACGCUGGUUGACUGGUGCAGCCGUGCACCUUGUCAGAACGGGGGUCACUGUACCCAGACCGGGUCCUCCUUCUACUGCCUCUGCCCCCCGGCGUGGGGCGGUCGCCUCUGUGACAUCCGGAGCCUGCCCUGCAGGGAGGCGGCGGCCCAGAAGGGGGUGCGGCUGCAGCAGCUGUGCCAGGCGGGCGGGCACUGCGUGGACGAUGGCGGCUCCCACUACUGCGUGUGCCCAGAGGGCCGCACGGGCAGCCACUGCGAACGGGAGGUGGACGCCUGCUCCGCCCAGCCCUGCCAGCACGGGGGCACCUGCCGCGGCCGCAUGGGGGGCUACGUGUGCGAGUGUCCCUCGGGCUACACUGGCAGUGACUGUGAGGAUGACGUGGACGAGUGCGCCUCCCAGCCCUGCCAGCACGGGGGCUCCUGUGUGGACCUGGUGGCCGGCUAUCUGUGCUCAUGUCCCCCGGGAACGCUGGGCGUGCUCUGUGAAAUCAAUGAGGACGACUGUGGCCCAGGCCCAGCCCAGGAGCCGGGGCCCCCGUGUCUGCACAAUGGCACCUGUUUGGACCUGGUUGGGGGCUUCCGCUGCGUCUGUCCCCGGGGCUACACCGGCCUGCGCUGUGAGGCGGACAUCAAUGAGUGUCGCCCCGGGGCCUGCCACGCUGCGCACACCCGGGAUUGCCUGCAGGACCCAGGCGGAGCCUUCCGCUGCCUCUGCCGGGCGGGCUUCACCGGUCCCCGCUGUGAGGCUGUCCUGUCUCCCUGCGAGUCCCAGCCGUGCCAGCAUGGGGGCCAGUGUCGCCCCAGCUCGGGCCCCGGGGGUGCGCUAACCUUCUCCUGCCACUGCAUCCCGCCUUUUUGGGGUCCGUUCUGCGAGCGGGUGGCGCGCUCCUGCCGGGAGCUGCAGUGCCCGGCGGGCGUCCCGUGCCAGCAGACCGGCCGCAGCCCGCGCUGCGCCUGUCCCCCGGGGCUGUCGGACCCCGCGUGCCGGGGCUCCCGGGGGUCCCCGCCGGGCUUCGCCAACGCCAGCUGCGCGGCCGCCCCCUGCCUGCACGGGGGCUCCUGCCGCCCCGCGCCGCUCGCGCCCUUCUUCCGCUGCGCCUGCGCGCCGGGCUGGGCCGGGCCGCGCUGCGAGGCCCCGGAGGCGGCCGCCGAGGCCCCCGAGGAGCCGCGGUGCCCGCGCGCCAACUGCCUGGCCAAGCGCGGGGACGGGCGCUGCGACCGCGAGUGCAACAGCCCCGGCUGCGGCUGGGACGGCGGCGACUGCUCGCUGAGCGUGGGCGACCCCUGGCGGCAGUGCGCGGCGCUGCAGUGCUGGCGCCUCUUCAACAACAGCCGCUGCGACCCGGCCUGCAGCUCGCCCGCCUGCCUCUACGACAACUUCGACUGCCGCGCCGGCGGCCGCCAGCGCGCCUGCAACCCCGUGUACGAGAAGUACUGCGCGGACCACUUCGCCGACGGCCGCUGCGACCAGGGCUGCAACACGGAGGAGUGCGGCUGGGACGGGCUGGACUGCGCGGCCGAGGUGCCAGCGCUGCUGGCGCGCGGCGUGCUGGUGCUCACGGUGCUGCUGCCGCCGGCCGAGCUGCUGCGCUCGGGCGCCGACUUCCUGCAGCGCCUCAGCGCCAUCCUGCGCACCUCGCUGCGCUUCCGCGUCGACGCGCACGGCCAGGCCAUGGUCUUCCCCUACCACCGGCCCGGCCCGGAGCCCCGCGCGCGGCGGGAGCUGGCCCCCGAGGUGAUCGGCUCCGUGGUGAUGCUGGAGAUCGACAACCGGCUCUGCCUGCAACUGCCCGAAAACGAUCACUGCUUCUUAGAUGCCCAGAGUGCAGCGGACUACCUGGGCGCCUUGUCGGCCGUGGAGCGCCUCGACUUCCCUUACCCACUGCAGGCUGUGCGGGGGGAGCCGCUGGAGCCGCCGGAGCCAAGCGUGUCGCUGCUGCCGCUGCUGGCGGCGGGGGCCGUCUUCCUGCUGGUCAUCCUCGUCCUGGGUGUCAUGGUGGCCCGGCGCAAGCGCGAGCACAGCACCCUGUGGUUCCCCGAAGGCUUCGCGCUGCACAAGGACACGGCCGCUGCCCACAAGGGCCGGCGGGAGCCCGUGGGCCAAGACGCGCUGGGCAUGAGGAACAUGGCCAAGGGUGAGAGUCUGAUGGGGGAGAUGGCCUCAGACUGGAUGGACACAGAGUGCCCGGAGUCCAAGAGAUUGAAGGUUGAGGAGCCCAGCAUGGGGGCUGAGGAUGCUGUGGAUUGCCGCCAGUGGACUCAGCACCACCUGGUUGCUGCCGACAUCCGUGUGGCACCAGCCAUGGCACUGACCCCACCGCAGGGCGACGCGGAAGCCGAUGGCAUGGAUGUCAAUGUGCGAGGCCCAGAUGGCUUCACCCCUCUGAUGCUGGCUUCCUUCUGCGGGGGGGCCCUGGAGCCCAUGCCCACCGAGGACGACGAGGUGGACGACACGUCAGCCAGCAUCAUCUCCGACCUCAUCUGCCAGGGGGCCCAGCUCGGGGCACGGACCGACCGCACUGGGGAGACUGCCCUGCACCUGGCCGCCCGCUAUGCCCGGGCCGAUGCCGCCAAGCGGCUGCUGGAUGCUGGGGCGGACACCAACGCCCAGGACCAUUCAGGCCGGACUCCACUGCACACGGCCGUCACCGCUGAUGCCCAGGGCGUCUUCCAGAUUCUCAUCCGGAGCCGCUCCACGGACCUGGACGCCCGCAUGGCGGAUGGGUCCACGGCGCUCAUCCUGGCGGCCCGCCUGGCGGUGGAGGGCAUGGUGGAAGAGCUCAUCGCCAGCCAUGCAGAUGUCAACGCUGUGGACGAGCUUGGGAAAUCAGCCUUACACUGGGCGGCGGCCGUCAACAACGUGGAGGCCACCUUGGCUCUGUUGAAGAACGGAGCCAACAAGGACAUGCAGGAUAGCAAGGAGGAGACCCCCCUGUUCCUCGCCGCCCGCGAGGGCAGCUAUGAGGCCGCCAAGCUGCUGCUGGACCACUUUGCCAACCGUGAGAUCACCGAUCACCUGGAUAGGCUGCCACGGGAUGUGGCCCAGGAACGGCUGCACCAGGACAUCGUGCGGCUGCUGGACCAGCCCAGCGGGACCCGCGGCUCCCCCGGCCCCCAUGGCCUGGGGCCCCUGCUCUGUCCACCCGGGGCCUUCCUCCCUGGUCUCAAGGUGGCACAGUCGGGGGUCAAGAAGAGCCGGAGACCCCCUGGGAAGGUGGGGCAGGGGUCGCAGGGGUCCCGGGGCAGGGGCAAGAAGCUGACGCUGGCCUGCCCAGGACCCCUGGUGGAGAGCUCGGUCACCCUCUCGCCCGUGGACUCGCUGGACUCCCCGAGGCCCUUCGGUGGGAAUCCCACCUCCCCCGGCGGCUUCCCACUUGAGGUGCCCUAUGCGGCUGCUGCGGCCACGGCGGUGUCUUUCGCGCAGCUCGGUGGCACAGGCCGGGUGGGUCUGGGGCACCAGCCUUCGGGGGGCUGUGUGCUCAGCCUGGGCCUGUUGAAUCCUGUGGCCCUUGACUGGGCCCGGCUGCCCCCACCUGCCCCACCAGGCCCCUCAUUCCUGCUGCCGCUGGCUCCGGGCCCCCAGCUGCUGAACCCCGGGACCCCCAUCUCCCCACAGGAGCGGCCUCCAACAUACCUGGCAGCCUCGGGACACAGUGAGGAGUACCCAGCAGCUGGGGCCCACAGCAGCCCCCCUAAGGCCCGCUUCCUGCGGGUCCCCAAUGAGCACCCCUACCUGACCCCAUCCCCUGAGUCCCCCGAACACUGGGCCAGCCCUUCACCCCCCUCUCUCUCGGACUGGUCCGACUCCACACCCAGCCCAGCCACCAUCACCACUGGGGUCGCUGCCACGGCCACUGGGGUCCUGCCUGCCCAGACCCUCUCGCUGUCUGUCCCUGGCCCCCUUGCCCAGCCCCAGACCCAGCUGGGGCCUCACCCCGAAGUUGCUCCCAAGAGGCAGGCAUUGGCCUGAGAUGGUCCUCAUUGCCUGGACCUUGGUGGGGGGCUGAUGAGACACUCCAGUCUUAUUCUUUGCUCCCUCUUCUUUCUUUUUGUCUUUUUCAUUCUCUUCCCUUGGCCAACCCUCCAGCACCCCCUGCCUUGCAGUGUGACUAGGGCAGGUCACCAGCCCGGGGCCUCAGUCUUCCUUUAUUUAUAAUGGGCGGGAGCCUACUGGCCCUGCCCUCUCAGCCUUGCUGUGAGUCAGAGACCUUCUCCUCUCCUCGCCUACACCCCCUCUCACCUUCUCUCCUGUCUCCUUCCUUUCUUACCUUCUCUGCCCUCAUCCCACACUCUCUGACAUGAGUGGAUUUUCUUUCUUUUCUUUUUUUUUACAUUUUGUAUAGAAACAAAUUCAUUUAAGCAAACGUAUUAUUAUUAUUUUUUACUAUAUAUAUAUAUAUAUAUAUAUAUGGAGAUGCUCCCUCCUUGCUGCAAACCCCCCGAGUGCCCCCGUGGGGCUGAGUCUGUGGGCCCAUUCGGCCAAGCUGGAUCCUGUGUACUGAGUACACAGGCACGACCAGGGUCCCGUGUACCGAGUAUGCGGCCCUGGUGGGUACCAGGUAGACACCCUUGGGUACACCCUCUGGGGUCAGGAGUUGGGCGAGACUUGGGAGCCUCCUCCCCCACCCUGCCUCCUUCACUUCGUUGCAUUCCAGAUCUGAUUUGCUCUGUAGCCUUGUUGGGAGAAGGGUUGUUCUGGCCCAGAUGCCCACCCCUAGACUCCCCUCCCCCCCCUAGACUCCCCUCCCCAGAGCCCUGCUGCACCCUGAGCUACCUCCCUUUGGUGGGGGUGACUGGAGGGUACGUAGAGGCCAGGGAGAGUGUGCAUUCCACUUUGCUUCCCUGUAAAUAUGGAACUGUGCCCCUGGCUCCACCUCAUAAUAGAAUAGAAGUAUUUUUAGGCUAUUUUUAUAAUAUGGCUUUUUGUCACAACCCCCAUGUAGCUGAAUCCCAGCCUUUGCAUUGUACAGCGCCACCUCCUCAUGGCCUAAUAAAGGAAUGGUUAACCCUUA